CAGGGGCGGGAAAUUUAGCAGGAAGAAGGGUGUUUGGCGGGAGAGUGGAAGUUCUUUGCUGCGACGGGAAGAACGUCGAGAUGGAUUUCAAGCGUAAAAACGGGGGCCCUACGACUUCUUCUCAGUCUAAGAGGAAGCGGGGAGACUGGGACGAUGUCGGCCCUUCGCAGUUUGAGGAGGAACUGGCCUUUCUGGACGAAGUGGAAGCCGACAUGGCGAUGGAACUGAGCGAAGAGAUGCCCGUUGCUGAUGUCCUGCCUGUCGGUAAACUUAUCUCCGGAAACAUUAACCCGAAGUGGCUGCGGCCGGAACUUCCAGAGGUCGAUCCCAAAGUGCAUCCUCUGUGCUUCCAGCAGGUUGAGCUGGAUUACUAUGUGGGGUCACACGUUUCCGGGAUGCACGGAGCCAUCCACGGACCUGCCCCCAUCAUCCGUAUGUUUGGAAUCACUUCCGAGGGGAACAGCGUCUGCUGUCACAUCCAUGGAUUCGCGCCUUACUUCUACGUGCCCUGCCAACCCGGGUUUAAACAAGAGCACCUGAACGACUUCAAGAAAGAGUUAAACAGCGCCGUCAUUAAAGACAUGCGCUCUAACAAAGACAGCAUAUCCCAGGCGGUCCUGGCCGUGGACAUCUGCAUGAAAGAGAAUAUGUACGGAUACCACGGGAAGAGAAUUAUUCCUUUUCUGAAAGUUACCAUGGCGUUGCCGCGUCUCAUUGCGCCCGCCAAGCGGCUCCUGGAGCAAGGCUUGCGGUUUGGGUCCUUUCCCCACCAUUGCUACCAGGCCUACGAAGCCAAUAUUGACUUUGAAAUAAGGUUUAUGGUGGACAACGACGUUGUCGGGUGUAACUGGAUCGAGCUUCCGGCAGGGAAAUAUAGAAUACGGAAGCCGUCUUCGGAUGGCGUCUCUUCUAAAGACAAUCCCGGCAAGGUGUCCCUCGUGCAGCUGGAGGUGGACGUCAAUUCGGCCGAUCUCAUCAGUCACCCUGCGGAGGGCGAAUGGCAGAAGAUAGCGCCGCUCCGUGUCCUGAGCUUUGACAUUGAAUGCGCCGGGCGAAAAGGUAUUUUUCCGGAGCCGGACAAAGACCCCGUGAUCCAGAUAGCCAACAUGGUCCUGCGCCAAGGAGAGAAGGACCCUUUCAUACGCAACGUCUUCACCCUCGGGAAAUGCGCGAGCAUCGUGGGCUCUCAAGUACUCUGCUUCGAAAAGGAACACGAUCUUCUUAAGGCUUGGGCAGAGUUUGUGCGCAUCAUCGAUCCCGAUAUCAUCACCGGCUACAACAUUCAGAACUUCGACAUGCCGUACCUGAUCAACAGAGCGCAGGCCCUGAAGGUGUCUACGUUUCCUUACCUGGGGAGGAUCCCCACCAUGAAGUCUGUUAUCAAAGACUCCUCUUUCCAGUCCAAGCAGAUGGGACGGCGAGAGAACAAAGUUAUUAACACAGAGGGCCGGGUCCAGUUUGACUUGCUUCAGGUUUUGCUGAGAGAUUAUAAACUCCGUUCCUAUACUCUGAACGCUGUGAGUUAUCACUUCUUGCAAGAACAGAAGGAGGACGUUCAACACUCAAUCAUCACCGACCUCCAGAACGGCAAUGACCAAACCCGCAGAAGAUUGGCCGUGUAUUGUCUGAAGGACGCGUACCUUCCGCUCCGUCUCCUGGAGAAGCUCAUGUGUGUCAUCAACUACAUGGAGAUGGCGCGUGUGACUGGCGUGCCCCUCAGCUAUCUGUUAUCCCGGGGGCAGCAGAUUAAAGUGGUGUCCCAGCUACUAAGACAGGCGAUGAAACAGGAAUUGGUGAUGCCGGUGGUGAAGACGGAGGGCGGUGAGGAUUACACCGGGGCAACGGUCAUAGAACCCGUGAAGGGGUAUUACUCGGUACCGAUUGCCACGCUGGAUUUCUCAUCGCUGUACCCGUCUAUUAUGAUGGCUCAUAACCUCUGCUACACCACGCUGCUGCAGCCCGGCGCCAUCGAGAAAUACGGCCUCAGUCCGGAUGACUUUAUCAAGACCCCAACGGGCGAUCACUUUGUGAAGACAAGCGUCCGGAAGGGCCUGCUGCCUGAAAUCCUGGAAAACUUGCUAUCUGCCCGAAAAAGGGCGAAGACAGAACUGAAGAAGGAGACGGAUCCGUUUAAACAGAAAGUGCUGGACGGCCGUCAGCUGGCGCUGAAAGUGAGCGCCAACUCUGUGUACGGAUUCACGGGCGCGCAGGUCGGCAAACUGCCCUGCCUGGAGAUCUCACAGAGCGUUACAGGCUUUGGAAGGCAAAUGAUCGAGAAAACCAAGCAGCUGGUGGAGUCCAAGUACACGAUGGCCAACGGAUACAAGGGGGACGCAAAGGUCGUCUACGGUGACACGGACUCUGUCAUGUGCAAGCUGGGAGUGCAGACGGUGUCCGAAGCGAUGGAGAUCGGCAGGGAGGCGGCAGAGUGGGUGUCCGGUCACUUCACACCCCCCAUAAAGCUGGAGUUCGAAAAGGUGUAUUACCCCUACCUGCUGAUCAAUAAGAAGAGAUACGCCGGCCUCUACUUCUCCUCCAGUCCCGACACCCACGACAAAAUGGACUGCAAGGGGAUCGAGACGGUGCGCAGGGACAACUGCCCCCUAGUGGUCAAUCUCAUCAACACCUGCCUGCAGAAGAUCCUCAUCGACAGAGACCCCGUGGGUGCCGUGGAACACGCGAAGGACGUCAUAUCCGACCUGCUGUGUAACAGGAUAGAUAUCUCCCAGCUGGUGAUUACCAAGGAGCUGACGCGGACGGCCGACGAGUACGCGGGGAAGCAGGCACACGUCGAGCUCGCCGAGCGAAUGAGGAAGAGGGACCCGGGCAGUGCCCCCAAUUUAGGUGACCGGGUUCCCUACGUGAUCAUUGGCGCUGCCAAGGGAGUAGCGGCGUAUAUGAAAUCCGAGGAUCCAAUCUACGUUCUUGAAAACAACAUCCCGAUCGACACUCAGUAUUAUUUGGAGCAGCAGCUGGCGAAACCUCUUCUGAGGAUCUUCGAACCCAUUUUGGGGGAGACCAAGGCGGAGAGCGUGCUUCUGAAGGGAGAACACACGCGGUGCAAGACCGUGCUAACCGCAAAGGUCGGGGGCCUGAUGGCGUUCGCCAAGAAGCGCAGCACCUGCAUCGGCUGCAAGGCCAUGCUGACUCACGACGGGGCUGUCUGUAAUUAUUGUAAGCCGAAGGAAUCGGAGCUCCACCAGAAGGAGAUUUUGUAUCUCGGCUCCUUGGAGGAAAAGUUCUCCCGGCUGUGGACUCAGUGCCAGCGCUGUCAGGGAAGUUUACACGAGGACGUCUUAUGCACGAGCCGCGACUGCCCCAUAUUCUACAUGAGGAAGAAAGUCCAGAAAGAUCUGGACGACCAAGAGAAGUUGGUCCGUCGCUUUGGACCCCCGGUAUGGUAACGCCGAUUACUUGUUUAUCUGGGGGGGGGAAAA